AUAACUGGAAGUAGCUUGUCGGCUCGGCAGAUAGCGUUGCUCUCCACAGGGCUUCUCAAAAUGGCAUUUUUUCAGUUACUUUUGAGCUUUUUCUCCAAGGCACUUUUAAUUCUGUCUGUUUUUCUUUUCAUAGCAUUUCUCAUUUACUGCUUGUAUGUUAAAUACAUCCACAUGAAAUACGACCACAUACCCGGACCACCGAGAGAAAGCUUCUUUUUCGGACACACACCAACACUUUUGAAGACUAUGAAUAAUGGAUUAGUACAUGACAAAUUCCUUGAAUGGUCUGAGACUUAUGGGCCUGUUUACAGAAUAAAUGCUCUGCAUUACGUUUCUGUGUGUGUGACCUGUCCAGAAGCAACAAAGGAAAUCAUGAUGUCCCCAAAGUACCCAAAGGACAAGUUUGUGUACAACAGACUCUUCUACCUGUUCGGUGAAAGGUUUUUUGGAAAUGGUCUGAUAACAGCACAGAAUCAUGAGGUGUGGUACAAACAGCGCCGGAUCAUGGAUCCUGCCUUCAGCAGCCUAUAUUUGAGAGGUCUAAUGGGGAUCUUCAAUGAGAGGGCAGAGAAACUGAUGGACAAGCUUGUAGAAGUUGCUGAUAACAAUACAGAGGUCAACAUGCUGCACCUUGUCAACUGUGUCACCCUUGAUGUGAUUGCUAAGGUUGCAUUUGGCAUGGAUUUGGACCUCCUGACAAAUAGUUCACCUUUCCCUAAAGCCAUUGCGAUUUGUCUCAAAGGGAUGAUGUACUACGUUAGAGACAUGAUGUUUCAGUUCAAGCCAAAGAACAGACGAUUCGUAAAGGAAGUGAAGGAAGCAUGUCACCUGCUGCGCAAAACCGGAGCCCAGGUGAUCCAGGAGAGAAAGACCGCCAUGCAGAACGGUGAAGAUGUCCCAAAGGACAUCCUCACACAGAUCAUCAAAACAGCUGCUACAGAAUGCAUCACCCAGGAAGACGAGGAGUUUAUGUUGGACAACUUUGUGACAUUAUUUAUUGCUGGUCAAGAAACAACAGCUAACCAGUUAUCAUUCUGCAUCAUGGAACUUGGACGACAGCCUGAAAUUCUGGAGAAACUGAGGAAUGAAGUGGAUGAGGUGAUUGGGAUGAAGCAAAACGUUAGCUAUGAUGACCUCGGGAAACUGACCUACCUCUCACAGGUGCUAAAAGAGACACUGAGACUCUACCCAACUGCUCCAGGGACAAAUCGUCAGAUUGAUGAAGACAUGGUGAUUGAUGGUGUCCAUAUCCCCGGUGGAGUUGGCUGUAUGUUUAGCACCUAUGUAACUGGGAGAAUGGAGAAAUUCUUCAACGACCCUCUGAAGUUUGAUCCAGACCGAUUUCACCCAGACGCUCCCAAGCCUUAUUACUGCUACUACCCAUUUGCCCUUGGUCCACGCUCAUGCCUGGGACAGAACUUUGCUCAGAUGGAGGCCAAAGUUGUGAUGGCAAUGCUGCUUCAGAGGUUUGAGAUAACCCUCGUCCCAGGACAGACCUUUGACAUCGAGGACACUGGUACACUGAGACCCAAGAGUGGAGUGGUUUGCACCAUCAAACACAGGAAGAACAAAGACUAAAUGGAAUUAAGGCGAUGUGCUCCCUCGGCGGCAAGACAACAAGGAGUUUGGUCACAUGCCCAAGUUGGACAUGUCUGUAUGAUGAUGACGCAUUCAUAUUAGGUCGGGGGUGCAGUGCGGGAGGUCCCUCAGCAACAGCGAGAUCAGUGACGGCUGUGCACAUGCGUGGUUUGCUUUAAGUGUGUGAACGGGGAGCUCUGCUCCGAGUCAAAGAGGGCAAAAACAAUCAACAUUUUUUAUUUUAUUUUGAAAAGCAUACAGCAGUCCUUGACCCCUCCCUGUGACCCACUUGUGAAAAUGAUGAAAACUUUGUCACCCCUUAAUAAACACAUUUAAAUCUUAAAUAUAGUAUAGUCUUCACUGUAAUGAAAACUAUGAAAUAAAAUAUAAAACAAGUUACCCUGAACUCUAUCUAGUGCUGAUGUUUAGUGCUAUAGUGUUUAGUGCAUAGUGCUACAAUAAUCAAUAAUAUUUUCACAAAUGUAACAAAU